UCUGCAACAAACGUACCUAAAAAUCCUUGGUAUGCUAAUCGCUUCACUUCAGACGAAGGCAAUCAGACCGGAGAAAAUGGCCAGCACCACUUUCCACCACCGCAUUCUUCCACAUGGUUUUCUGGCGCCAUCACCGCAGGCGGCGGCUCCACCAGUUACGUUAUCGAAGUUCGAAACAAAAAGGCGUCUUCACUCCCCACCUGCCCCUCUGCUGUCUGCCCGCAGCAAUCUUCCAUAUCGACUCCAAAAUUGUAAUUCCCACGUGGCCUCAUGUCUUCCUUCUUCGUCUACGCCUUCGUUUUCUCCGCCGAGAUCUCGAACAAGACUCUUCGUUAGUGGACUCUCGUUUAGGACGACGGACGAGAGCUUAAAAAAUGCAUUCAAGAACUUUGGUGAGCUUGUGGAAGUGAACUUGGUGAUGGAUAAAAUAGCAAAUAGGCCGAGAGGCUUUGCAUUCUUGAGAUAUGCGACGGAAGAGGAGUCUAAGAAAGCUAUUGAGGGAAUGCAUGGGAAGUUCCUGGAUGGUCGAGUUAUUUUUGUUGAGGUCGCAAAAUCUAGAGCUGAGCUUCGUCAAGGAUCCAGCCAGAACCCUAGUUAGAGCUGAACUGGUGUUCUGAAAGUACCAAGCCUCUAUUCUUGACAAUGGCAUUCAAGAAACCGCCACUACUGCUAACAAGACGAUAGUCCUCUGUUCCCAUAUACUCACCUUGAACUGAUUUUCUUGUAUGUUUUGGUCACCUGUGAUUCAGCGGAUGAUACAGAUCAGUAUCGGAUCUUCAAUUCGCUAUUUUUCUGCAUAAAGUUAUAGUAAUGUAUACAUUGGUAUUCUCCUCACGUUCUGUACCUUCAAUUUUUAAUCUACAGGAAAAAUGUUAGAAUAUGAGAGAUACCUCUUCCGGUGUAAUCUAUAAAACCCUUGAUAGUCGUUGAAA